UAACAAAGCUGCCAAAGGGCGUAACUGUAUUUGGAUAAGAAGGGAAGAAAGGGAGAGCACCUGAAAUUAAAAGCAGGGGAAUAUUUCCACCUCCUUUAUUCACAAGGCCAAAUUUAACACAUAACAUACACAGAAGCGCCAUGAUGAGAUCUGGCUGGAUUAAAGGAUUCCUUCUGACCUCUGCCAUGGCUGGUUCUCUUCUAUACCUCAGCUCCAUAAAGAAAGAGGUUCACACCCAUUCCGAGAGACUCAGUAGAGCCCACCACAACGACUCCAUCAGGGGUCAGGGAAUACUCAACAGGAUGGACAAGAUGGAAACAGACAUCAACAGACUGCUCAAUGUGCUGAAUAAACUUGAAAAGAAGGAACUAGUGAACCAGAACAAUGAAGAAGUGAAGAAAGAGAGGAGCGUGGUGAGGAAGCUGUACCUAAACUCUUAUCUGUUCACCAAGUGGGGUGACGAUCUGUCAGAGGAGGAGCAGAAGGAGGCUGAGAGGCUGUUUGUGAGAUACGGAUACAACAGCUUCCUCAGUGACAGGCUGCCCCUCAACAGGGAAAUCCCUGACACCAGGCCGGCCAGGUGUGCUAAGAAAACAUACCCUAAGGAUCUGCCUUCCAUCAGUGUCAUAUUAAUCUACCUGGAUGAAGCACUUUCUAUCAUCAAAAGAGCCAUUCGCAGCAUCAUUGACAAGACACCAGCUCUUCUGCUGGAAGAAAUCAUACUUGUGGAUGAUCACAGCAGUAAUGGUAAGUUGAAGAUCCCUCUCUUUACAUUUGCAGAGGAUUUAAUGGAGAAACUGGAUGAAUACAUCAACUCUAUCCACGAGGAGUGUCCAGACCUGGUAAAGAGAGUCCGUCACUCUGAGCAGCUCGGCCUCACUCAGGCCAGACUCUCAGGCUGGAAGGUUGCUGUUGGGGAGGUAGUGGCCAUCUUGGAUGCUCACAUAGAAGUCCAUGUUCAAUGGGCAGAGCCGUUGUUGGCUCGGAUCAAAGAGGACCGCACUGUGAUAGUGACACCAGUGUUUGACAAAGUCAAUUACGAUGACCUGAAACUUGUUCCCUACACAUCAGCUGCGGAUGCUUUUGACUGGGCUCUGUGGUGCAUGUACGAGUCCUUCAGCCCUGAGUGGUAUGCUUUAAAGGACGACUCACUGCCUGGAAAGAGCCCCUCCAUCAUGGGGAUUCUUGUAGCUGAUCGCAAGUUCUUUGGAGAGAUCGGAAGCCUUGAUGGUGGAAUGAAAAUAUACGGUGGUGAAAAUGUGGAACUCGGCAUCCGGGUGUGGCUGUGUGGAGGAAGCAUAGAGGUUAUACCUUGCUCUAAAAUUGCCCACAUUGAACGAGCCACCAAGCCGUACCUCCCAGACUUGAACGAAAUGUUGAAGCGUAAUGCUCUGAGGGUGGCCGAGGUGUGGAUGGAUGAAUAUAAAUACAAUGUCAACAUUGCCUGGAACCUUCCACUUGAAAAUCAUGGGAUAGACAUUGGGGAUGUGUCAGAGAGGAAAAAACUGAGAGAGAGGCUGAACUGCAAGCCCUUUAAAUGGUAUCUGGAUAAUGUUUAUCCCUUGCUCAAUCCUCUGACUGACGUGCUAGCUUACGGAGCGCUGGUUAACGAACUGGAGCCUACACUCUGCAUUGACCAAGGUCCAAUCCCUGGGAACAAUCCCAUUCUAUAUGGUUGUCACCAACAGGCCUCCCAGCACUGUUAUUAUCGCUCCAAUGGACAACUCUACAUUGGUGGAAUAAAAUCUCACAAGUACAACAGCAACCGCUGUCUGGUGGACCCUGGCUCCGGAGUCUACCCAGAACUGUACGAGUGCAAAAUGGUCGAGCAGAAGAAACUCCACAUGCUGUGGGUUUUUAAACAGAACGGAGCUAUCCAGAACAGAGAAACAAGGAGGUGUCUGGAAAUUAUGGUAGCUGGAGACGGCUAUUAUAGACUGGUUAUUCAGCAGUGCACUGGUCAGAAAUGGAAGAUACAACAUCUCAUCAAAGGCUGGCUUGGUGGGCAGGGUUCAAAAGACAAGAUGAUAAUGGAGCCAUGAUUCAAUGACAAAUGGCAGCUCAAUGAAAGACAUGUUUGUUUUUGGGGCAAGUUUGCAUUUUUGCUUUGGACGACAAGAGCCAACUCUGCAAGUAAAGUUUUGACAAAAUGUAUUUAAUAAUUGUUUUUAAAAAUAACAUAUUAACACAAAAUGAACUACCAUUGAAUGGCCAUUUUAUGUGAACAUUUGCUUUUACUUGUUUUGUGUGGAAAACCCUAAUGAGAGGAAAAUAUUGUCAGUAAACAGACCGUCUGCAUGACUUCAGUAGGCUAGUUAACUGUCAAAUUCCCCAAGUAGUUUUUAAAAAUGUAUACCUUAAUACAUCAGACCAGAACUGAGGGUAUGUUUAACAAUUUAACAAUAACACAAACAGUAGUGUCAAUUUUUCAAAUAAAAGCGUAAGAUGUUUGCUAUAGCUAAUCGCUUUGACAACCAUAAUUCAAGUUGAUCAGGAUCCAUUGUGUGGUUUUUAUGUGUGAUUAAAGAUGAAGGCGUCCCAUUUGUUCUGCCACAUGA